AAUAAAACAUAAAGUUGUUCCCAGAUGCAGAACACAUCACUUCUGAUCAGCAUGCCUCUAACCACUCUGCUCUUGGCCGAGCUUCUGCUGGUCACUACAGCAACAGCCUCACACUUUUAUGGAGGCUCAAUGACCUUCAACCCAACAAGGAAUCAUGAUGGAUCGUACAAGGUUGAGCUUCGCUUCAAGACAACCUACCAUUCCUGUAAUGGAUAUGAUCAAUGGCAAUGCAGCUCUGGAGACUGUGGAAAUGAUGUCAGUACUGUGAUUGGUAAAGUAGAUUCAAGUCCAAGUGGCGGCAGCUGGUGUCAGUCUGAGGGAGUGAUAACAAAGAUGGUUUCCACCAACAGCCCAUUCCAGCUCCUCAAAAGCAGUUGUUGCUGGAUCUACAACACAGUCACAAAUUCUGGAGACUGGAGUCUUCUCACUUACAUUGACCUUGGUGUGAGAUCGGACACUUCAGAGCCCAACCGAUCGCCAAUAUCCACCACCCUACCAUUCCUCAGGGUUCCUCAGAACUGUCCCAGGAGGUACAAUCUUUUAGCCUUUGAUCCUGAUGGUGACCAAGUCACAUGCAGAUUUGGACUCAGACAAAACCAGGAGUGUGGAAUCUGCAACCAACCUGCUGGUUUUACAUUGAAUGAGCAUAACUGUUCUCUGUCAUAUUCGCACACAUCGGUCCGUGGAGUUUAUUCUUUUGAGCUGGUGCUGGAGGAUUUCCCCAUUCGCAAGAUUACUCUGUCCUACACCAACCAGCCUUCAAAGGAAGCAUUUCCAAUCAGUUUCAUCAGAAACCGACGUGUUCCUUAUUAUUAUGGAACAACCACUAUGACACGUAUGACAACUGAACAAACCACAAUAACAACUGAGCCAACUACAGCAACAACCGAUCCAACCACAAUAACAACUGAGUCAACUACAACAGCUGAUCCAACCACAACAAUAACUGAUCCAACCACAACAAUAACUGAUCCAACCACAACAACAACGGAUACAACCACAACAACAACGGAUACAACUACAACAACAACUGAGUCAACUACAACAACAACUGAUCCAACCACAACAACAACUGAGUCAACUACAAUAACUGAUCCAACCACAACAAUAACUGAUCCAACCACAACAACAACUGAUCCAACCACAACGACAACUGAUCCAACCACAACGACAACUGAUCCAACCACAACGACAACUGAUCCAACCACAACGACAACUGAGUCAACUACUACAACAACUGAUCCAACCACAACGACAACUGAUCCAACUACUACAACAACUGAUCCAACCACAACGACAACUGAGUCAACUACUACAACAACUGAUCCAACCACAACGACAACUGAUCCAACUACUACAACAACUGAUCCAACCACAACGACAACUGAGUCAACUACUACAACAACUGAUCCAACCACAACGACAACUGAGUCAACUACUACAACAACUGAUCCAACCACAACGACAACUGAGUCAACUACUACAACAACUGAUCCAACCACAACGACAACUGAUCCAACUACUACAACAACUGAUCCAACCACAACAACAACUGAGUCAACUACAACAACAACUGAUCCAAUCACAACAACAACUGAUCUAACCACAACAACAACUGAGUCAACUACAACAACAACUAAUCCAACCACAACAAUAACUGAUUUAACCACAACGAUACCUACAUCCACAACAACAGAUUUAACUACAACAACUGAGUCAACUACAACAACAACUGAUGCCUACCAGAGGGCAGGAGUUCAAAGAGGUUUUGAUGUCUUUGAUGGUUUUGCCCAGAUACAGAAGUCCACACCAGUAGUCUGUGGUAGCCUAUUCAUGGUUGUGCACUACUACUACUACUACUAA